CUUGCUACGCUUUGCGUCGCUCUGCCAGGAGCAGUCGCCUCCUCGUUGGCAAAUAGUCCUCGGCGGGGUCCGAGUUCUUGGGUAAUUUGAGGGGGGAGGCCCGAGAAGUUGCAGUCAGGGGACGCAGAACCGACAAGGAGAGAGAGAUAGGGACUGAAGUUAUUGCGAUAGUGUGUGAAGUUAGUUAAAAACUCCUUCCCUCCUAAGAAUCCCUCCGCCUGCAGUAGCGGUGGUGAGGCCGAGGGAGCCGCCAUUUUGGAUGUUCGGUUCCUGCUGCCACUGCUGCCGCCGCCCCCGAAGCUGCUGGUUUCAUUCGAGGUUUCGGGCCGAGGAUGCCAGCCCCCAUCAGAUUGCGGGAGCUGAUCCGGACCAUCCGGACAGCCCGAACCCAAGCUGAAGAACGAGAAAUGAUCCAGAAAGAAUGUGCUGCAAUCCGGUCAUCAUUUAGAGAAGAAGACAAUACAUACCGGUGUCGAAAUGUGGCAAAAUUACUAUAUAUGCACAUGCUGGGCUACCCUGCUCACUUUGGACAGUUGGAGUGCCUAAAGCUUAUUGCUUCUCAGAAAUUUACAGACAAACGCAUUGGCUAUUUAGGAGCAAUGCUGCUACUAGAUGAAAGACAAGAUGUCCAUCUUCUUAUGACCAACUGUAUCAAAAAUGAUCUUAAUCAUAGCACGCAGUUUGUGCAGGGGCUAGCACUUUGUACCCUUGGCUGUAUGGGCUCCUCAGAGAUGUGCAGAGAUCUUGCAGGAGAGGUAGAGAAGCUCCUGAAAACCUCUAAUUCUUACUUAAGGAAAAAGGCAGCACUGUGUGCUGUUCAUGUCAUCAGGAAGGUUCCUGAACUUAUGGAGAUGUUCUUACCAGCAACAAAAAAUUUAUUGAAUGAGAAGAACCAUGGUGUCCUUCACACAUCUGUAGUCCUCCUCACAGAAAUGUGUGAGCGAAGCCCAGACAUGCUUGCACAUUUCAGAAAGAAUGAAAAGCUUGUGCCCCAAUUAGUUCGUAUUCUAAAGAACCUCAUCAUGUCCGGAUAUUCCCCAGAACAUGAUGUUUCUGGUAUCAGUGACCCCUUUUUGCAGGUGCGAAUUUUGCGGUUAUUAAGAAUUUUAGGACGAAAUGAUGAUGAUUCAAGUGAAGCUAUGAAUGAUAUAUUAGCACAGGUUGCCACUAACACAGAGACUAGUAAAAAUGUAGGAAAUGCUAUUCUUUAUGAAACGGUUUUGACUAUCAUGGAUAUUAAAUCAGAGAGUGGACUGCGAGUUCUAGCCAUAAAUAUCCUGGGUCGUUUCUUAUUGAACAAUGACAAAAAUAUUAGAUAUGUAGCUCUGACAUCUUUGUUGAAGACUGUGCAAACGGAUCAUAAUGCAGUACAGAGGCACAGAAGCACAAUUGUGGACUGUCUAAAAGAUUUGGAUGUCUCAAUAAAACGGCGUGCAAUGGAAUUGAGUUUUGCCCUAGUAAAUGGAAAUAAUAUUCGAGGCAUGAUGAAGGAAUUACUUUAUUUUCUGGAUUCCUGUGAGCCAGAAUUUAAGGCAGACUGUGCAUCUGGAAUCUUUCUUGCUGCAGAAAAGUAUGCACCUUCUAAACGGUGGCAUAUAGACACAAUUAUGCGUGUUCUGACAACUGCAGGAAAUUAUGUUCGUGAUGAUGCAGUCCCCAAUUUGAUCCAGUUAAUAACCAAUAGUGUGGAGAUGCAUGCCUACACUGUCCAGCGCUUGUACAAAGCAAUUCUUGGUGAUUAUUCUCAACAACCUUUGGUACAAGUAGCUGCAUGGUGUAUAGGUGAAUAUGGUGAUCUUCUUGUAUCUGGCCAAUGUGAAGAGGAGGAGCCUAUUCAGGUAACAGAGGAUGAAGUGUUGGAUAUUUUAGAAAGUGUCCUAAUCUCUAAUAUGUCCACCUCUGUAACACGAGGUUAUGCCCUCACUGCCAUUAUGAAGCUUUCUACUCGAUUUACCUGUACUGUAAACCGAAUUAAGAAAGUGGUUUCCAUCUACGGCAGCAGCAUUGAUGUAGAGCUCCAGCAGAGGGCAGUAGAAUAUAAUGCACUUUUUAAGAAAUAUGACCAUAUGAGGUCUGCCCUACUUGAAAGAAUGCCUGUUAUGGAAAAAGUGACCACAAAUGGCCCUACUGAGAUUGUGCAGACAAAUGGAGAGACAGAACCAGCUCCACUAGAGACCAAACCACCACCCUCUGGGCCACAGCCCACCAGCCAGGCCAAUGAUUUAUUGGAUUUGUUGGGAGGAAAUGACAUCACACCUGUUAUUCCAACUGCACCUACAAGCAAACCAGCUUCUGCUGGUGGAGAACUUCUUGAUUUGCUUGGAGACAUCACCCUUACAGGUGCUCCUGCUGCUGCUCCUGCCCCUGCCUCAGUCCCACAGAUAACCCAGCCCCCCUUCUUGUUGGAUGGCCUUUCAUCCCAGCCUCUCUUCAAUGACAUUGCUGCAGGUAUCCCCUCCAUCACAGCAUACAGUAAGAAUGGUUUGAAGAUAGAAUUCACCUUUGAACGGUCAAACACCAACCCCAGUGUAACUGUGAUAACGAUACAGGCCUCUAACAGCACAGAGUUAGACAUGACGGACUUUGUUUUCCAGGCUGCAGUACCAAAGACAUUCCAGCUGCAGCUUCUGUCUCCUAGCAGCAGCAUUGUCCCAGCAUUUAAUACGGGGACCAUCACACAAGUCAUCAAGGUUCUGAACCCACAGAAGCAACAGCUGCGAAUGCGGAUCAAGCUCACAUAUAAUCACAAGGGCUCAGCAAUGCAAGAUCUAGCAGAGGUGAACAACUUUCCCCCUCAGUCCUGGCAAUGAGGGUCUGGCACCAUUCUCAUUCUACCCCACUCAAUCAAAGGAACUCUGAGAAGGAGGUUGUGAUUGCUGGCAAGUCCCCCCCAACUGUACCAUGGGCAUCAGGAGCUGAAGAGAACUGUUGAGGAGGAUUUUCCUGAAGUUAUUGCUGACCUUGAAGCAUUGUUAAAGACUAAUGUCCUCUCCUCCACUGUUGAGGCUGGCUGCUUCUGGAGGCUACUUUGCACUCUUCCUUCUCUUCUCCCUUUUCCACACUUCUCCACCCCUCCCAUAUGUGCAGCCAGAAUCAACAUUCCCUGGGCCCCUGAGGCAAUAAGCAACUGGUCUGGAGGAGAGGACUGGAAUUCAUGGCAAGAAAACACUCACUGUCUCUGCAGCAAAGAGUGCCCCUUCUUUCUACUGUUUCUCUGUGGACUGGGCAAGGUGGGGUAUUUAUUCCUCACUAGCUGGGUGACCAUCUUCAGGCGCUUUUUACAUCUGGCAUUUGGAAUGGAAAUAUAACGAUGGACAUUAGGGAGCCCUGCCUUUUUCUCCUGGUUCCCCCAAUGUUUGAAAGAGGCAUUAGGCUCCUGGUAGCCUUUUCUGUGCAUUGCUGUAUACACACAGACAGACACACAUGUAUGUAUGUUUGUUAUCAAGAACUGGUCAGACCUUGAGAGGUUAUUUGUAAACACUGGACAGAUGCAGUUAAAAAGAGCUUUUGUUGAGAUUUGGCAUGAAGGAUAUGGUGCUCUAUUUGUAAUAGAAAUUUCCAAGGCUCUUCCAGCUCCCCUUUUCUCUCCAUUCCUUAGCUGUAGUCAUGAAUACUCUCCAUGAUUUUCAAAAUUAAUUCUGCUUAAAGUGCAAGGUGGACACCACCUAAAAGAUGCAUUAAUAGUUAUUAAUGACCUAUUCCCAUCACAAAUUUUAAAGUUUCUCCCAAGCCCAUCACUUGCCCGUUUGAACUGUGGUAAAUGGGUGGAAAGAGGAGUCCACCAGUUUCAAAGAUCAGACUCUUUAACAAAACACCUUUGCCCAUGGGAUGAGUGAGUGUCAGACUCAUCCUAGAGCAUAUAGGAGUCAUCCAUUACUCCAAACCUCCCUUUUUAUUUCCUGAGCCUGGCUUGGACCUUGGCAUUCCGUUUGAAUUCCUUCUUCUAACUGGAACAUUUGUGUUGUAUCUGUAACACUGGCACUGAAAUAAAGACCACACGGUUAAAGAAAUCUUUCCUAUAUUGUACUUCAUGGUGUUGGAAUGAAGCCUUGUAGCUUCCUUGCCCCCUAUGUCAGAGGAAUCUUAUGGUCACCAUAGAGUAGGAAUAUACUUUCCUAAGUCUGAGAAAUUAGUCUCUUGAAAGAGACCAAUCUCAUGAAUAUCUGCAUUAAAGACUUGAGCUUUUUAAACUAGUAAGAGUGCUGAGUGCUUUUUAGAAAGGACUCUUGCGUUAUCAAACUUUCAAAUGGAGUUGCUGGAAUGAGGUGAAGUGACUCUCCUUUGGUAUGUGUUGGAUGUACUAUGUACAUUCAAGUAUACAGGCACCAUGUCAUAUACUGCAGAACAAAGAAAAAGUGGGGCCCAUCUUGCUUUAAAAAUGUUUGCAAUUGUUACUGUAAUUGUACAGAAUGACUACUUCGGCUUCGGUUUUAACCUUUCUUUCCCUUCAUUUCACCAAGCCUUUACUUAAAAUCUUCAGUGUCUUGUCAAACCUAGCUCUGUAUCAGAUGCUAGACUAUUCCUAACAUUUGACAAACUGGAGUUGAACUAAAGGCUCCAAAAGGGAAAAUUUCUGGUUUUACAAUUAUACAAGAGCAAGAUCUGCUAAAACUUACUCCACUGGGUAAAUUGUUGACUGAGUCAAGAAUAGAAUAUGAUUUCCUGUUUUUGGUAAAAUAAGUGUGAACUAGUGCAUACUUCUGAAAACUGCUCUGCCUGUGCAAUGAAAAAUAGCCUUUAAAGGUUUCUUUGCAGACUGAUUUCAUUGGAUGGAUAUUUAAUGCUGUGAAACAUGAUAGGAUUAACAUAAUAUUGGUGAAUUUCUUGAAUAGAAUUUGUCUUAACAUUCCUCUUUGUGUAGAGGCUUUAUUUUCUCCCUUACAUUUGUAGCUAACCAGCUCAGGUUUUUUUUUUUGUUUGUUUUUGUUUGUUUUUUAGUUAAAAUGAGUUGAUUCUCUGAAGAAAUCUGCUCAAGAAUAUUCUGUAAGACAGCGCUAACUAACAGAGCUGCAAAGGGUCUACUGUACCUACAAAGCAUCUGCUUGGGUGAUCAGAGAGUUUUGAGGUAGAUUUUAUGAUCAUCCCUGGCUUUGUCUAAAAGGAAUAAAAUAAUCAUGGCCUUAACACAAGGGGUGCUGUGUAGAAUAUGAAUUAAUUUUGGACAUUGAACCUGAGCACCAUACUGAAGGACUAGCAGCCAAGGAACUGCCUAGGAUACUGAUGGUUGUGAAGACUGUUUCAAAUGAUUGAUCUUGGAAAGCUUCAGUGUGCCUUAGUUUCUAGGAUCAGCAUUAGUUCUCUUCUCACUUAACUUUGCAGCUAAAAGGAGAAAUCUCUUAAUUUCUGUAAACACUUUCACAUUUCAGUAAUUCUUUUCCAGAGUAUAACCAUUCAAGGAGGAGCAAGUAGGAUGGAUUUUACUUCAGAGCCAUUGUGAAGAAAGGGUGAUUUCUGUGGCUAUUUAAUUACCCCAGGGUGAUAAGCAGCGGACCCUCACAUGCUUACUUUGGCAAUUUCACAUGCACUUGUACCUCAUUAUGUCCAUCUUUGAGAGUAGUUUGUAUUCUGUCCUCCUCCUACCCCCAAUAAUCUUAAGGGAGAAUUCAUACAAGUAAUCUUAACUGUAGGAAGGGUGCUGUCCCUUUUGAAGCUUCUCCCACAAAUGCUUUGGUGCUGUUACCUUGAGGUGGUUUGGAUAGUCAUGGGAGUUUUAUGCUGUGUAUAGUGAUCAUCUGUUCAUUUUAAGGUCUUUCUCACUUAAAGAAACAUUCCUCAAUGCAACAUUUAAGGGGAGACUCUUUCCUCUUGCUCGGUUAAAGGUGUGGUUCAUAUCUUUUGUUUGUCCCGCUCAUAGAUGAAAACAGACUUAAAACUGUCCAGCACUUAAUAGUUUGAACAUUUCCAUCUACUACAUGUUCUAGAGGAGUUGGAAGUUAGGGAAUACUGCUUUUGAGGUUCAACUUCAUUAUCUUCUGCAUUGGUUAUAUUUGGGCCAUGAGAACUAGGGGAAACAGGGAGUUUGAAUGUGCAUUAUUUUUUUCUAGUGAAUGUAUUUUAACCACUGUGUCCUGAGAGUUAGUGAACAAAAAGUGGAUGGUUGGGGAGCAGUGAUACAUGUCUCUGUAUUCAUGAGUUUGGAAGUUUGAAGGAUUGUUGAAGAGCGUUACUCAAAAAGCCCUGAAGUUUAAAACACUUCUGACCACUGUUGGCUGAGGAGGGCGGGGUUGCUGGUAGAACUGGAAAUGUAAAACUUUUUCAAGCAAUAGCAGUGAGUGGGUCCCAAUGACAAGGUUCCAGGACCUGGAACACUUAAACAGAAGAAAAUGCAGAAGCAGCUUGUGCAGUUGCUUCACAAACUUCCGCGAGGCCGAUUCUGGCUUCAAGAUGGAGCAUUGGAGUUUUGUUUUUUUCAGAACUGCAUUUGCGCUUUGUGUUUUUGUUUUUAUUUGGAGACUUCAUGGGAAAGAGCUUCUGAACUUUUUCCUGUGUGAAUUCCCACUGUGUUCCUAUAAGCCCCUUUUUCUUUCAUAAUGUUGUAAGUUACCUUUUCAUGAAGCCCCGUCACCUCUUCUUUACUGUAAAAAAUAUUAAAAGGCUGUUUCCAAGUG